ACCGGGCUCUAGUGGCUAGUGGCGGGGCUGAACAUACACGCCCACCUAUAACACACCACCAAUACUAUCUUACUACUCGGAGACUAUCGGUGUGGGCAAAUAGUCGCCACUACAAGCUAAAAAGCCCAGUCCAUAAACGAAGCUCUUUGUUUCCUAUACAUCCAUCCCUCAUACUACACCUGAACAGUAUUAUAUAAAAAAAGAAAAAUAACAUAGUACACUUGGCCAUAGUGAAAUAUUAAUUUUAAUCCGAAAUUCAGGCUUAAAAUCUCCUUUAAAAAACAGACACACACACAAACACACUUGUCAGCGUAAUACCUCACUUAGAUGGAAUUCCUUUAAUAGUACUACUACUAAUAGUACUACUACACUUGAAACUGCUUUCUGCUAUCACUAUCGCGACGCCCCGCUCUCUUAUCGCCACCGAAACGGGCAAGUGUGGUGUGUGUAGGGCCGGGCCCUCACCAUCAACAGAAUUACACUGCGCGCACGCACGCACGCACGCACACAAACGGAAACCUCACCUCAUUCACUGUCAGUGUUUUCGCCUUCGACUAAAGUCAUUGUCAUCGUCGUCAUCACCUCCUCCACGACGUAUCGUCAGAAGGCACAAGCCCCCGCCGCCCUCCUGACCAGGUCGGGUCGGGUUGGGCCGAGGGAGCCAAGGUGGUGAGGGGAGCGCGCUGAUGCGGCGCACGGCCUCUUUGGACACCAUCUACCUCAAAGGACAGUGGCCUAAGGACGUCCAGCAGCAACCCUUCUCAAGUUUACUGCUUGACAAAGCCUCACAGACCCCUGAAGAGUGGGCAUCAACUUGUUAUGGUAGCCUGAGCGUCGGCUGGUCUUCAGUUUGUGAAGAAGCUGUUAGUAGUAGUACUAGCAGUAGUAAUAAUAGCAGUACCAACAAUAGUAGACGACCUUCAGUGUCGGUAGUAUCAUCUCCAUGGUUGGGUAGUGGGCAGCAGGUCCCUCCGUCUUCAGGAGAACAAAUAGACAAAUUUAUUCGGCAUCGGCUGCAACGAACUAACAAGGAAGGGACAAGUGGAGGAGGGCUCCGCUACAGUCCUGUACAUGCUGAUCACUCCGUCCUUGCACCUACUCCCGUUCACCCACGACACCAUGCCCUCCAACAUGCAAAUGGUGGGUCUCGCGCCAUUCCCAUACCACAGUUGCCAAAGCCACUGCUUCCUCCUCGUUUACGUAAUUCUGUGGAGGGUCUUAACCAAGAAAUUGAACGUCUGGUCUUACGGCCGUCCCACGUACCUGCUGAUGACGUAGAAGAUGUGUGGGGAGAUGUUGGGCGUGAUGGUCGCAGAGCACCAAUUGCAGACUACUUACGAUUCACACGAAGUGUGGACACUCAGACACCUGCCAGAGGAUCAGCGGUAUCUGCGACUAGUUCCAACCACACGUCACCUUCUAUAUCACCACCGACCUCACCACCACCUAGCCAAGCGGCUGCUAUGCCGCCAACUACCCCUAGCCCUACUAGUACCCCUGCCUUGGCAACUUCACCACACAUUAACAAGUUCCUGGCAAGGGAGCCCCCUGAUGGGUGCGAAAAAGUUGCUCUCAAGCUCCAUGAAGAUAGAUCAGGAGCCAGUAAAGGGGGAGAAUGGCCUGCAGUGAGACCACCUGCAGCAUUUACCUUGCGGCCUAGUCAAGGUUCCGCCUUCUGUGCACCAGAUAGAACAGUUACAGAAGAACCGUGUGGAGCCACUGCCCUCCGUCUGUGUCAGCAUGAUAGUGGUAGUCUGAGAGAACCUUGUCCUGCAUGUGGUAGCAUUUCUAGUAGUGGCACUUCAGAACAUGAUCUUCAGCAACACAUUACCCGACCAUGUCAGCCUUCUCCUAGCCAGUCUUUAACUUGUGAAGCUGGUGUGUCAACUAAAGUCCUCGGUCCUGCCCAUGCGACAAUUGGGACGUCCCCAGAACUCACUGCUGAUCAAUAGCGAAGGCUAUGUUUUAGCACAUUUUACAAUUAUUUUUUUUCAUCCUGCAAUUUAACAGUUAUCUUCAAAAAUAUUGUGGUUCUUCAAUAGACAAUUAUUAGUGAUCAUUGUAAGCUUACUGAGUAUUAUUUGGUAAUGUACUGUAUUAAUGUACACAAUGUAUUAACUUAAAAAAAUGAUCAGCAUUUCCAAGGCAAUUUUGUACUAUAUCCCAGUGUUGCAUAUUAUUCACUUAGAAGUGAAUAAAAGCUCCCUUACAUCUCAGGAUUUAAUAAAUAAGAAGCCACUAUAAUGUAGACAUAAUUGACACAUUGUAGGGAACUGCUCAUGUACUUAACUUCAUUCUCCUAGUAGGGGACCAGUCUGACAUCCCUCGUGCUGAGGAAACAGGCACAGUCACGUUUCUGACUAUUCAGUAGGUCCAAAAAGUAUUAUUAAUCCCCUGUAUAACCAUUUUCCUGCAGGCAGUGUCUUGCAGCUUACAACAGAGAUCAAUAUUUUAAAAUUAUGUCUAGAUACUGUAGUUAUGAGUCAGUUUCAUGUGAUGUUGUUGCACAUUGGUUGGCAGGCUGAUUGCACCAUCAUUGCCAGUCACCAGACAGCUUCGUCAUAGAAGGCCAACCAAUAAAUUUAGUAGACUUAUAAAUCAUUUUCAAAGUACUUCCCAAUGCCUGAUUGGAAUUUAUGUAUGCAGGACGAAGUCUAGUGUCACCAUCUACUUCAUAGGGAAUUACACAAUUGCCAUGUUAAAACUGUUCUGUGGUUCUCCCCAAUGUGUAAAUUGUGAUAACUGCAAUCUGGCAAUGGACAACACGUCAGCUAUCCAGGAAAAGUAAAUUUUACUUUUGGAAAGGUGACAUCACUGUGCCAGUGCUAGAAAAUUAGAACUAAUGAUUUAAAUAUACGAUACCUUAGUACACAAUGAAAUUCAUCUCGUAUGCAAUUACUGUGAGAUUGGAGUAAAUCUGGCCAGUGUAAAAGUUUGCGAACUGAAUUUUCUUUGAAAAUUACGAAAAUGGAGUUCCUGUAAUUAAGUUAGAUAAAUUAUGCAAUUUAUCAUUUAUUUUCUAUAACCUAUUUGCUCACUUUUACUAUUGCCAUUAUUACUCAAAAAGAUCAAAAGUAUUUUUUUACUUUAACUUAACCAUAAAUAUAGUGCAGUAGUUGCAUCCAGAAGAAAAUUUCUAGUUAAGGUUAAUUAAUCAAAACCCUCAUGGGAGCUACAAAAUUCUCACCUCUUUGGGAAUCACCACAUUGGUUUUGAACAGUUUUUUCUCUGGCCUAAUUUGAAGGGAACUAGUCUGACGAAGCUCCUGCUGGGAGGAAACCGGUCUAUCAUGCAUUAUAAUAAACACAAUUUACACCUUAAGAAGUUCCUGACUGGAAGCCUGUGAUAGAUUCUUUGGAUACAAAAAGCAAAUGGAUCUGGAAUCGCCGGUGGUUGAGUGUGCCAACUGCUGUUUUGCUGCUGAAUUAGUAGCUUUGAUCAGCAACUAAAAAUAAAAAUUGACAAGACUGUUUAGGAACACAUUGGAAUACCUCCUUAUAUUCAAGUUGUCAGUAAAUUCAUCACUAUUUGACUGACACAGGACACAACUGGAAACUCACCGUCACCAGAGUAGCUUCAGCACUAUUGGAGAAAUAGUGCUAAGCAUAAAGUAGUGACAAGAUAUCAAUGUAUAGGCAAUACAUGUAUGACUAUAUGUUGAUUCUACUUCUUAUGACGUGCCUGCUACACCUGAUGCACCAGCCUCCUGUAGAAGGACCUCGGGUGUGCCUCGGCAAAAUCUCACUUCUCAUUAAACGCUCAUUAAAAAUAA